UCAGAUUUAGUUCCGCUCAGAGCCAUAGACGGACACAUUUUGUAGUUGCACACAGCACAAAGCGAAACCACUGUUUACAAACACAAAGUUAGUGACAGCGACUAAAAUCACCGACAGCAGGGCUUCGCAGUUUACCGUUUUCUCGACAGAAAAAGACUAUGUAUGGAUUUGUUAAGCCACUGACCUUAUAAUAGAGGUCAUAAGAGACUGUCAUGAUGGCGGAGGAGGCUGGAAAGCUUCCACUUCGGCGCCUGGAGCCCCCCAUUCAGAAAUUCAUUAAAGUGGCCAUUCCCACUGACCUGGAGAGACUGCACCAGCACCAACACAACAUAGAAAAGUUUCAGAGGAACGGUCAAUGGGACAAACUGCAUCAAGAGCACAUCAACUCCAGCCGCACUGUCCAGCAGUUGCGAUCAAACCUGCGGGAGAUGGAGAAGUUGUGUGGGCGGGUCCGCAGCGCUGAUGCCGAAGCUCUGGAGAAACUUGUUCAGCCAAUCAGAGAUCGAGCCUCCACUGCCAUUCAGGAGUUCCUCCAGAUUCACUCGGAUGCAGUCAAUAGGCCGGAUGCUCCAACUAUCAGCACUCACAAAACUAUCAGCACUGCCUCAGAGACAUUGCCAAGUGACGGUGAUACAGGUUUGCCCGGUUCCCCUGUCACUCAAGCACAGCUCCUACUGCCUAAAAUUCCUCCAGAACAGAACGCCGCCGCUGAGUCCUGGGACUCUUUAGCUGAGGACCUGCUGGAGUUAAAUGGUUUAGUAAACGAGUUCUCCACUCUUGUUCAUGCUCAGCAGGAGAAGAUUGACAGCAUUGAGGCCAACGUUAGCAUAGCAGCCGCUAAUGUGGAGGAGGGGACCCAGAGCCUAGGGAAGGCGGCCCGUUUGAAGCUGGCGGUUUUGCCUGUGGCGGGUGCAGUGGUGGGGGGAGUGCUAGGGGGGCCGCUGGGACUCUUAGCAGGAUUUAAAGUGGCGGGGGUCGCCGCUGCCAUGGGGGGUGGACUGCUUGGUUUCGCCGGGGGCAACCUGAUCCAACGAAAGAGGAAAGAAAGAAUCGACCUGCAGCUACAACAGCUUAAGAGCAACAACAACAGUAAGAACGACACUCAGUGACACACUCAAGCACAUUUGUUUUUGUAGAGGAGGCCACGAGACGGCGGAGUUGCCGACCCACGCGCGUUCUGAAAUAAACACCAGACGCUCAACGUACAUAAAACAACCACAACUGCAGAAUAACUCCUACACGCAGUGCAAACAUGCACAAGUGGACCUGCUAGUUUUCCUUUUGCCUUAAUUCAUCAUUCAUUUCUAUGCCAAAGCAAACAAGGCCUUAUUCCAUCAUCAGACGUGCUGCCAAACAGCUGAUUGACCUUUGUAGCAGUAAUGUGACUGUAGGUGUUAGAGGUGGUUAACGAUUAUAGGUGAUUUUUGUAUGAACUAUAUAACAGUAAGAUUUGUUAUGCAUACUGAGGAUUUGCAGUAGGUGACAUGGUUAUGUUUACUACAGUUAUGUAGGUUUUGUUGUGGUAAAAUUGCAGGAUUCUCACAGAAUUUCAUGAUAAACACUUAAAAUGCCCCUAAGUGGUAUUGUAACUGAUGCAUUUCUUUAAAAAUGUGUUCAUGGGUUGUGAGUAGGUUUAAAUGAAACAUUGAUUCUAUGUAAAAUACUUUAUAAGGUUUACAUGUAUAACAGAUAUAAGAAUGGAGGCAAUGCGCAGUAGUGAGAAACUCAGCACACUACGAAUAAACAAUUAAUACACAUUAUCAAUGACAAAUUAUAAAAAUUAAAAUUAUGAUAUAGUUUCCAUAUUCUGGAUAUUUCAGAUAUCUAAUAAAGAGAAAGGCUGCUAAAAAUAAAUACAAUUUCAAUAACA